UUCUAUUAUAAAUGUCGUAUGACUUUGAAUCAAUGAAUUAAUGUUAUUUAAAAAAAAAAAAAAAUUACUCCUGUACUAGUAUUACACGCAGUUUUAUCACGCAAAGCAUUAAGCAGGCACACUGUAACUCCCGCCAUUUGACAAACCAAUCUUUCUCUCUCCUCAAACCCAGAAUUUCGAUCAUCAAACAACACUAAAAAACAUGCAACUCAACAAUUUUACUCCAGGUGACAACGUAGAAAUCAUCAAAACCUCGAAAUUCACGACUUCAUUCUACCCAGCAAAAAUCAUUCUCCAAGAAACCGACAAUCAAACGAGCAAGAGAAAAAGAAGGAAGAAGAACAAGAGAAACAAAGAAGAUGAUGAUGAUUAUGAUGAAGAAGAUGAAGAAAAAGAGGUGGUUUUUAUGGUACAGUAUCAAACCCAUUUAAACGACAUUGUUUAUUUCGUUGAUUCCGGCGACAUUCGACCUGUUCCGCCGGAAAAUGACCUCACUGAUCGCCGGAAGUUUGAAAUUCACGAGAAAGUGGAUGUUUUGCGAGAUGGGUGUUGGAUUAAAGGUACGAUUUUGGGGAUUUUGUAUGAGGGUUUGAAGUAUUUGGUGGAAAUUGAUGGUGAUGAUGAUGUUCCAAUUGAAGUGGGUAGGUCUUGUUUGAGGGUUCAUCGUGAUUGGUGUGAUGGGUUUUGGAAUCCUCCUUUUGAUUAUGUUCAGAGAAACUCAAUCAAGAUGGAACAAAAUGCUAUUUGUAAGCCAGAGACGAUCGCUGAAGUCAGAACUCAUGCCAAUAGCAGGAAAUUGAAGUUAAGGUUCAAAGGGGCCGAAAGAUUAUUAAAGGCGAAGUUUAGCCCUAAGACAGCUGUUGAGGUCAAAAGUGAUCAGGAUGGGUAUCAAGGCUCUUGGUAUACUGCUAUUGUUGUUGGCUCAGCUGGAGUUGGCAAGUUUCUGGUGGAAUACCAGACCCUCAAAACUGACGAUGAGAUGGAGCUCCUCAAAGAAGUUGCAAAUGAACAGGACAUGAGACCUUGCCCCCCGGAGAUUCCUCGACAUCAUAGAUACAAGGCCCAUGAAGAAGUAGAUGCUUGGUAUAAUGAUGGAUGGUGGGAAGGUGUAAUUUAUGAGGUUCUUGAUGACUGGAAAUACAUUGUCUUCUUUGCUUCAACAAACGAGAAGUUAGUUUAUCAGCAUCCAAACCUGAGACCUCACCAGAAUUGGGUUGAUGGGAAAUGGGUUCUAGCUUUGCCGAAUUCUAUAAACGAGAUGAAUUUUGCCUCAGAAGAAGCACUACGAGAAAAUUUUAGAGAAGGUAUGCUGAUAGAGGUCAGAAAUGAUGACGCUGGUGACACGUGUUCCUGGUACACAGCCACUAUCAUCGGAUUUGUAGAGAAGAAAAAGUUCCUGGUUGAAUAUGACAGCCUGAAAACUAAUGAUGAGAAGCACACUUUAAGACGAGAAGUGUCUGCUAUCGACGUUAGACCUUUGCCUCCUUGUAAUCUGCAUUUUGGUCGGUAUAAAUGUUCUGAGGAAGUUGAUGCUUGGCGUGAUGGUGGGUGGUGGGUAGGUGCAGUUUCAGAAGUUCUGAAUAGAAAUAAGUAUAUUGUGCAAUUUUCUUCUGCUGGUGGUGAUAAGUGGGAAUAUGAUCAUAUGAGUUUGAGACCUCAUCAGGAUUGGAUUGAUGGAAAAUGGAUAACUCAUGAGCAUAGGUCAUCUGACUUAAAAUUGAGAACUUCAUCCUCUGAAAGGCGAUGCGCUCAAAGCGAAGCUGACAGAAGUUUUGGCAAGGGUACAAGGGUUGAGGUUAAAAGCAAUGAGCCAGGCUAUGAAGGAUCUUGGUACACUGCAGUUAUUGUUAGAUCAACAAGAAAGGGUACAUAUCUGGUACAGUAUCUGACACUCAAGACAGAGGAUGAAAUAGAAUCUCUCAGAGAAGAGACUGAGGCUCAAAAUAUCAGACCAUGCCCUCCUAAGAUAGAAGUGAGUGGCUGCUAUUUUUUGCUUGAGAAAGUCGAUGCCUGGUAUAAUGAUGGGUGGUGGGAAGGUGUGAUUUCUAAAGUUCUUGCUGAUAAGAAAUACAUGGUGUAUUUCGAAACAUCCAGAGAGGAAUUGGAAUUUGAUGAUGUAUAUUUGAGGACUCGUCAAGAAUGGAUUAACGGGAACUGGAUAGCUGCAAAUAAGGUAUGACUUCGAAUUUGCAGGAGACUGAUGUUUUAACUGAGAAGUUAGUUUGAGAAGAAUUCAACAGUCUGCAAACUCUACUCAGAGAGUCAGAGUUAUCUCCACCGUGGCUAUUUACCAAACUGUUUACCAGUAAGUUUACUCAGAGGGGAUAAUUUUGUAAUUUUCCCUUGGAGUGGGCCCUACCAUCGUACUCUCUCUUGUUCCGCAGAGAACGUAUGAACCUUCUCCUACCCUUAUUGUUUUUUUUGGCAACGGGAAAACAAGAAACAACCUAAUGGCGCAAUCAGCAUUUCUACAAACCUUUUGACGACAACAUAAUCAAUAUUAUUAAACAAAGAAAUCAAAAUAUAAAUUAAAUGGUGUAGAUCCUUAUGCGUCUUCAUCGGACUUUGGAGACAUCGAGCAGCAAGAGAAGAAUUUGUCCGAGACAUUACAUUCUUCGGUUUUGGCUACCAUUAUUGUUGAUGGGUGUUAUUUCUUCCAGCUAUUCAUCAAAUUUGGCCUUGUCUGGUACUCUUGUCACUAAAUAAUUCAGAGAUAAAAUGCCAAUUUUCGAGUGUGAUGCUAGAUCGUCCAGAUUUCCCAACAUCUACUGUUGUAAAUCAUAUUUUACCCAUUUCCAUUUAACUCUUGUAUAGUUUACUAGUUUAGCAUAAACUUAGUAUGUAUAUAGUUGAAAUCCAUCCCUUUUGCAAAGUUGACUCCAUUAUAUGGGAAUAUAUAACUGUUAUGAA